AUGGCUAUUGAAGUUCCUAAUAGCUCAGCUAGACCAGAUAAUAUACCUACACCUUCCAAUUCACAAAUUGAUAAGAAUAAUCUCAAUAGAUUACCAACAUCAAACAACAAUACUAUUUCUACUCUGAACCAAGAUUCAGACAAAGAAAUAAAAAUAGAAACAGAUUCUUCAAAUAUAGUUAUAAUCUCUGAAUCUGAAGAAAAUAUACCUAAUGCUGAGAAGGCAAAAAUUGCAUCUGUAUCAACAAAAAAGAAAAAAGGAAAUAAAAGAAAGCUCUAA